GGUGUCAAAAGCGAGAAGUAAAUCCACACCCUCGGUCUAAAACGCAAAAUCGAAGUGUGUCCGGCGAGCUUUCUUACUUCUCUUGGGAGUCUUUUGGGCACCAAUCGCCCCCAUUUGCAAAGUCACUCAAGCUCAGAUAUAUAGUUCUACAACAGUUCUAUGGCCGUAUCACGGAAUGCUCUUGUUGCUACCGGCUUGGUAGUUUUUGCAUCUGCAGGCUUGGCAUUUCCCUUUUACAUGGCGUCAUCAAAAACGCCUGUUAUCGAUCCAACAAAGCCACUGUCACCCCAGGCAACUUUCCGAGGGCCGUAUAUAAACACUGGCUCGCGUGACGUUGGACCAGAUCAUCAGACCUACCCAAAGAAGUGAACUAUCUGGUAUGACAUCUGCUCUUGUGAGUCCGUUCACAUUAACUUGCAUUUUGCCUCGGUCAAAUCUGGCUCAAAUAUCUCCCCCAGAUGAAUGGACAUGCCUGCAUUAAGCACCAUCUUGUUCUACAACAUGACAAGAAGUGCGAGGUUUGAAAUUCUACUUGUGUUACAUCAGAUGUGUAAAAUUAACUGGUGGUGAGAUCUCAUUCCAAGUAUUACUAGGGUAUGUAAAGAACAAAGAUAUUGGUAUGAAAUCCAGACCCUGGGGAUGCACAUUUAUGAUUCUGGUGUGACCUUU